AUUUUUUCAAAUGUCCUCUCAUCUAUCAAAUUUUAAAGAAAUAAUGUUUACGUUCUAUCAUCUAUAAAAAUUCGGAAAAUUUUCCUCAAUUUUUCUUUUUAGAAAUAAAUUAAUUAAAAUUUACCUUAUAUUAUAAAAUGGCUUUGUCAACAUUAAAAACUCCAAUUCUCAUCAACCUUACUAAACGCAGUUAUGUUACUAAAGCUUUAACUUAUUCUUCAAAGAACUCUGAAAUUCAAAGUAAAAGAUUAUCAAAUAAUACAUUGAUUGUUGCUGUUCCAGAUCAUCCUACUAAUAUUGGUCGUAUAUCAGUAACAUUUUUGGCAGGAUCGCGUUAUGAAGAACCCGAAAAUUCAGGUAUUUCUAGUUUAAUUCGUAGUUCUGCAGGUCUUACAACUUCAUCUUCAUCUACGUUUGCAAUUUUAAGAAAUUUAGGGCAUAUAGGAGCUAAUUUUACUGUUAGUUCUGACAGGGAAACAAUCACCUAUACCAUUGAAGCCCACAAGGAAAAUCUUGUUGAAGGACUUAAAUACUUUAUUGAAUCUAUUUCACUUCAAUCAUUUAAACCUUGGGAAUUGACUGAUAAUCAAAAGCGUGUAGAAUAUGAAUUAUUAUUAAUACCUCCAGAGAUGAGAGCUUUAGAUUUAGCUCACAAAGCCGCUUACAGAAAUAAUCUUGGAAAUUCUAUGUUCUUACCAAAAUAUAACUUGAAAAAUUUAAAUUCUGAACACUUAUUAUACUAUGUUAAAAAACAUUUUACAUCAGACAAAGCUAUUAUUUCAAGUGUUGGAAUAGAUUUAGAAACAUUACAACAUGUAUCUGAAGAUCUCAACUUGCCUAAAAAUAGUUCUGAUGCAUCUAAAGCCAAAUAUUAUGGUGGUGAUGUGAGGAAAGCUAAUGAUUUAAAUGCUGCAUACAUUGCUGUAGUUGGUGAAGGUGUUAGUUAUGGUGAUCCCCUAAAAGCAGCAUUUGCUGUAUUAGAAUAUUUGUUAGGCAAAGGAUCAUCAGUAAAAUGGGGUGUUAGCCAAGGAGUAUUAGAACAAAACAUAUUAAAAUCUAAUAUAUCUAGUAAUUUUGCUAUUUCUGCUGUGAACUUUAAUUAUUCAGAUUCUGGACUUUUUGGUUUUCUAUUGGCUUGUAAUGGAAGUGACUCUGGCAAAGCUAUAAGUGCUGCAGUACAAUGUUUAAAGUCACCUAAAAUUACGGACACAGAAGUAGCUAGAGCUAAAAAACAGUUACUUUUAUCUUUAUUAUCAACUUCUGAAUCAAGCUCAGAUUUGUUGAAACAUAUUACUUAUGAAGCAGCUGUUACAGGUCAAGUACAAAAUAUUGAAAAGUUAGUUUCUGCUAUAGAAUCAGUUAGUUUUGAUGAUGUAAAUAAAGCAGCAAGUUAUGUUGCUAAUAACAAGUUAUCAUUAGGUGGUUAUGGAAAUAUAGUCAGUACACCUUACUUAGAUUCUUUAUAAUAUAAUGUGAUUGAGUUAUCAUAUAUUUUAUUAAAUUUAUUUUUAAAAAUUCUCAACUACUAUAAAUUAAUUGUUAAAAUAAUGACUUGUUUGUUAUAAAAUUACAAAAAAUAAAAUUUAAGUAAAUUUUCA